GUGGAGUCUCCGCGCCGUGAUCCCAGUGGCCCUCAGCCCUUGAAGCUGACCGACAAGGAGAAGAAGCGGAUUGGAGAUCUUCUCUUCGGUGUGUCGCGCAUCCAACAGCGCGGAGUCAUUUUGAUUGCCGACCAGAAGGUCCGGCCCGAGCAGUGCCUAUCUUUUUCCGUUUUCCAUUCUGGUCUUCUGAAGCGCAUUGUGCGCUCAUCCUUGGCGGCAGAGGUCUCGCAG